UUCACUACAGACAGAUCUUUCGUUUUUGUUUUGGUUUUGUGUCGAUCGUGUUAAUGCCAUACGCAUACGAUGACCCCAUAAAUGUCAGAGGAAAUCACCAACCGAUAGGUACACUUAGGUAGAGCAGAACCAGUCACAAAAUCGGAUUGCAAACUGUGACUGAACGUGUUUUGUUUUGUUCUAACGAAGUACCAUUCUCUGUUGACACCUUUGUGAUAUCGCAACUGAUUCCGAAACGUAAAAUUAGUGAUGUGUAAAUGGUCGGAAUUUGCUCUCUUCUCGUUUGGAUUUAUGCUACUUUCUAAUUACAUUGUGCAAACGGAUGCUCUGUUAAAACGAUGCUACCAGUGCCGAUCUAGGGGAGAACUUGGAAGUUGCAAAGAUCCGUUCACAUUCAAUGCUACGCAAGUCGAAGGUGAGCACGGAGUAACGGCUGUCCCGUGUGCUUCUGGUUGGUGCGGAAAAGUGAUCGAGGGCCAAGGAUCGUUCCGGGAGGAUGACUACGACAUGGCCACUCAGCGAAUGUGCGUUCAACGCGGUCCCUCGGAUUCUGAAGAUCGCUGUGCGUACACGGUUUACAACUAUAAAAAAGUAUACAUGUGUUUCUGUCAAGGUGAUCUAUGCAAUGCUGCACCUAGAACAGGAGCAACACCGAACAUAAUCAUUCUUCUAACGAUAGUCACCGCAUUAUCGUGUAGUAGAUUACUGCUGCCGCUCAGAUUUCUUCGAUAGUUAAAAACGAUCAGUUUUUCGAGAACCCUUCCCCAUAAUUUCUUUAUCAAAUCACAGUAAAUUGUUCAUGUUCAAAAUACAUAACCUAGUUGUGAUGUCUAGCCUUUAUUCUGUGACAAAUGGAAUUGAACUUGAUUGUUAGCAAAAGUUCAAACAUAAAACCUAUCUUCUCCAAUAUCAUAUCGCAUCAUCCUGGAAUAUGACUGUCAAAAUUAGCAGGAAUGUUCACUCUAAAAUGAAUGAAUAUAGCAAAAUUUGUUAGCAAAACAUAGUUUUUUUUAUCUCAUCAUUUCUCCCAUCAAAAACCGAGGCAAGGGAAAAAUAAUACAGUGUCGAUCAAUUCGAUACUGAAGCAAUUUUGCUAUUCUAUUUAAGUAAUUUUGUUUUUAGCUUUUCACAAAUGGGCGGUCCUAACGGCCACAAA